GAUGCCAAAAACUCAACUACAUACCUAUUUUCAACGACCGAAACUCCAGUUUCACCUGGUACUUACAUCCUAGAAAGUAUGUAUCUACUGAAUCGAUACGAAACAAUCUUCCUGACAACCUAUGAGAUCCUCUGUACAGUGAUGACGAUUUUCUUUAAUUAUUACCUCCUGUUCCUCAUCAUCUGCAAGGUGAAAGUUGAUAACCAUCCACAAUCAAUCCCAAUGUUCACUGCCGCUGUUCUGGGUCUGUUUCACGGAUUUGGCUGCAAUCUGAUGAUGACGAUAUCUCUGAUACACGGUGACUGGGUCGGUCCCAUGGACUGGUGUGGGGCUGCAGCCAACAUUCACAAGUACAUCGUCUACAGCAUCAUCUACUGCCAAGUCGUGGUCUCCCUCGAGGUGGCGUACAUGAUAAGUCACCCUCUCGGCUACCUAAGAGACAGUACCGGUGCUCUGAUAGCGAUGUCUGUUGCCACCUUUACAGCUGUCUUCAUAACCCUACCUGUUACGGUGGCCCAGUUCUUCUUCUUGUUCCCGGACAACAUCCAGGAGAUGUGGCCCCAGGAGUACGGGAGCUUGAUUGUAGCCAAGGACUACAAGUAUUAUUACUAUGAUCAGUUCCUCACGCUGUGCUACCGGUACUUCUUUCCGGGGACGCUUGAUUACAGGAUUAUAGUUUAUUUCAUCAACACUGUGAACGCUGUCGCUGUACUUCUUAUAGCCGUCUCCUUCAUUGUAAUAUCUUUUGAGAUUAUCAAAAGCAGAAAUGAGGAAAGAAUAACUGUGCAAAGCCCCGAAGAAAGAAAGAAACGGAACAGACGCCAGAACUUUAAGAUUGCCCGAAUAUCCGUUCUCUCCACCUUCUGUGUAACGUUACCAUGGCUACCUAGUUUGGUGAUCAGCAUUAUCACGGAUUCUCUGGGUUACCAAUUUCUCAUUGAAACUGUUGGACAUGAUUCAGCUACGAAGUUACUAAGAUGGAAUCAGUUCCUCUACUAUUUAGUCUCCUGGUUAUUCCCCCUGAUGGUAAUCAUGACAGACCCUGCUCUUAGCCGAGCGAGCAAUAGUUAUAUCACUGUCAAGGUUACGGAUGCUAUACAAUUCAGUAGAUUCAAUAGUAAGGCUGACUUGCCGAAUAUUGUUCUGAGUCCGCUAACAGCGCGCUCAUUCGUGCAAACCCCGGAAUAUAGGGUGAACAUGGUCGCUUUAGGAGCCAAAAAAUACAACUUGACUUCAUCGCCAGCGGUUUCCAACAUUGAUACAAAUAGUGUGAAAAGCUUUGGUACAGAUUAAAAGACGGAUUGUUUCUUGAGGAGUAGCACGUGUGAUCUUUAAAUUUACACGUUUUUAUCAACAACUGUUAUGUCUAUUAUAAAUUAUAGUGUUUCCAUGGCGUAUGCUGUAUUGCUGUUAUUCGUUUUCUUAUAACAAAUUAAUAAUACUUCAAUUCA